AUGGACACCGUGACGCCCCUAACCGCCUCCCUGCUCCGCGUCCGCGGCCACCUCUUCCACCGCCGCCGCGGCCGCCUUCACGCCAAGCAGCACCCGCGUCCCCAGCGCCGCCUAACACGCACCGCGGGGCUACACUGUGCGCCGGAGCCGGACGGUGGCGGCGCCGAGGUCUCGGCCCCUCCCGCUUCUGCAGCCGUCGAGGAGCAAGCGCCGCAAGAGCGGCCGGAGGACUUCAUGCUCCUCGCUGCCAACCGCAGCGACUUCAACGAGAUCAUCAUGGUCAUCGACUCGCCCGCCGCGCGGUACCUCGUCCUCGACCACAACAGGAAUAUCCACAGCAUUCUCCCCAAGACAACUGUUUGGACCAACUCGUACUGGGAUGAGUUUGUGAGCCUGCCAGCUAUUGUUCCACGGGGUCCUGUUGCACUUCUAGGUUUGGGUGCUGGGACCGCAACACAUCUGAUGCUAAAGUUCUGGCCUUGGUUACAACUUAUUGGCUGGGAGAUCGAUCCUAUGAUAAUUGAAUUGUCAAGGGAUUAUUUUGGUAUGUCUGAUUUAGAGAAGGCCACAGAAUCAGGUGGUUCACUUUCGGUGCACAUUGGUGAUGCACUUUCUCCAUCAGCUACAGUUGAAGGAGGAUUUGCUGGAAUUGUUGUAGAUUUGUUUUGUGAUGGAAAGGUCAUACCUCAGCUACAAGAAGCUGAAACAUGGUUGCAAAUUGCAAAAAAGCUAAUGCCAGAUGGUCGAAUCAUGGUAAAUUGUGGUGGAGGAGACACUGAAGAAUCUCUUUCAUCGUCUUGGGUUCAAAAUCCUACAGUUAAAGCACUCUGUUCUGCAUUUCCUGGGCAGCUUUGCUGGAAGAGACUAUCGGAGAAAGAGAGUGUAAACUAUGUUGCCCUGACGGGACCUCUUCCAGACCUGGACGAGUGGUCUGCCUCGGUUCCUAGUGAGCUAAGCACGAAGGUGAAACAAUGGGUGCCAUGCGAUCUUGCGUGA